UAAAUAUGCUUAACUUUGCUUCAUACGACGCCGGGUCUAUUUGGGUAUUUGAGAAAAGCUUGGAGGAAGUUCUCUCUCUACGGGAAGAAGAGCAGCGCUUCCCGCCUAAUAUCAAGGUUGAAAUUGCCCGCUGCAAAAACAUCCCAUAAAAGGGAAGAAAAAGGGAGUAUUAGGGUUUUACAGUUCAUCGAGGAAGAAGUAAAAUUUUCCAAUCCUAAUGAGGGAAACUGGAAAGGAAGGACUUGUAGUUUUCAAAACUUCCUGAUCAGUAUGCAAUUUUUCAUCGACCAAGAGCAAAGUUUUCGACUUCUAUUUCCAAUUUUUCUUCCUUCCAUUUUUCAUUUCUAAUGACUGGUGUGUCUACAAAAAUUUAUAGACUUUUCAUAAUCCGUAUCAAUCGAGCUUUUGUUAAUUUCAUAAUUCUUCAAAAUCAAAUUGGUAUCAUAUUUUUCGAAGGCUUGUGUCAUAAAAAAUGUCGUGUAAGCUCAAAGUCGAGGAGCUUCGAGCUCAGCUGUCUAGAAGAGGCCUCGAUACCUCUGGCACCAAACAAAUCCUACUUCGUAGGCUGGACAAUGCCAUAAUGGAGGAAAAAACUUCUCUUCCAAAGAAAAGAAAAAGGGAAGACAAGUUAACCGAUCAUGGUGAUGAAAAUGAAGUAGAGAGCAAAAAUGGCAACUCUUUGCCCCCAAAAUCCGAAAUUAUUAAAUCCCUUAGCAACAUGAAUGUUCGUGAACUACAAAAGGAGCUGGAAGUUCGUGGCUUAUUGACCUCUGGUUUGAAAAAGGAACUCAUAGAGAGGCUCACAAAUAGUAUGGAGAUGGAUGGAGAUCUUACCAAAGAAGAUUCUACAAUUCACGAUGUUGAUGAAUGUAAGGAGGAGAAAUUGGUCAAAGCAACUAAGAAGGGUGGUGCAAUCUUGGAUCAAUGGCUUUCAGAUGACAUAAAGUUAGGCUACCAUGUAUUGCAAAUAGGGGAUGAAAUCUAUGAUGCCGUAUUGAAUCAAACAAAUGUUGGACAGAACAACAACAAGUUCUAUGUCAUUCAAGCUCUUGAAGCUGAUAGUGGUGGAAAGUACAUGGUUUACACAAGAUGGGGAAGGGUUGGUGUGAGGGGUCAAGACAAGCUAUUUGGUCCUUACACUUCACGUGAUUGUGCGGCUAAUGAAUUUCAGUCAAAGUUCGUCUCCAAGACAAAGAACAGCUGGUCCGAUAGGAAAAUUUUUAUUCCUUAUGCAAAAAGUUACACUUGGUUGGAAAUGGACUAUAGUGAAGACACACGCAAAAACAAAGCAGACCAAGAUAAGCACAAUAACUGCAUAGUUGCUGCUCAACCACGUAAGACAAGACUGGAUUGGCGUAUUGCAGAAUUUAUUUCACUUAUCUGCAAUGUUAGCAUGAUGAAGCAACAAAUGCUUGAGAUUGGUUAUAAUGCUGAAAAGUUGCCCCUCGGGAAGCUAAGCAAAUCUACUAUUACAAAGGGAUAUGAUGUAUUGAAGAGAAUUGCUGAUGUGAUUGGACAACCAGAUAGGCACAAACUCGAGCAACUGAGUGGUGAAUUUUACACUGUCAUUCCCCAUGAUUUUGGCUUUAAAAAAAUGCGCGAAUUUGUCAUAGAUACCCCACAAAUAUUGAAGCGUAAACUGGAAAUGGUUGAGGCACUUGCUGAAAUUGAGGUUGCGACAAAAUUGUUAGAGGAUGAUCUCCAAGCACAGGAAGAUCCCCUUUACUCUCACUAUGGACGGCUUCAUUGUGAACUGGUACCACUUGAAGCUGAUUCUCAAGAAUUUUCCUUGAUUGAGCAGUAUAUGCGGAAUACUCAUGCUGAAACACAUUCCUAUUAUACUGUUGAUAUAGUACGCGUUUUUAAGGUUUCCAGAGAAACUGAUAAUGAACGAUUCAGAAAGUUUUCUAGUACCAAAAAUAAACUGCUCUUGUGGCAUGGUUCUAGACUUUCAAACUGGACUGGAAUUCUCUCUCAAGGACUACGAAUUGCUCCUCCAGAAGCACCUGUUACGGGUUACAUGUUUGGGAAAGGUGUUUAUUUUGCUGACAUGUUCUCCAAAAGUGCAAACUAUUGUUACUCAUCUCAUUCAUCUCGGGCUGGAGUGCUGCUUUUAUGUGAGGUUGCUUUGGGUGACAUGGCUGAGCUUCUAACAGCAAAUUGUAAUGCAGAUCAAUUGCCAGAAGGGAAGCUAAGCACCAAAGGAGUCGGAGCAACCACCCCCGAUCCUUCAGGUUUCUGUGUGCUUGAGGAUGGUGUCAUCGUGCCCCUGGGAAAACCAAAGAAGCAGCCUGGCCCUCAGGGAAGCCUGUUAUACAAUGAGUACAUUGUCUAUAACGUGGAUCAGAUUAGGAUGAGAUAUGUUCUUCAAGUUAAUUUCAAUUUCAAGCAUUGAUGGCAUUGUAUAAGGUAUAGCUCAUGGGUAAUUUUGAUGUUGUUAUCCAUGCUAUAACUGUUGCCUAUAUUUAUCAUAUGGAACGCUCAGAAAGAGUCAGGAUUCCUGGAAAGGCCUGAUGGUUUUUGUUCA